AUGAAAAAUAAUCUUUUAAGAGAAUCUAUAGGACUUAUUUCUGGAAUAAAUACACUCUUCAUUCUUGGUGCAAUUAUUUUAGAAAUGAAUAAAGGAAUAAUAGAAACACCAAAAUAUUACUCAUCGAUGAUUUCGUUAUUUUUUUGGGCAAUAGUAACAAUUCUUUGUUUUUAUGAUGUUCAAGAGUCUUUUCUACCAUCAAAGAUAUCUUUUUUCCUUAACCAGCCAUAUCAUUUUAGUUACAUUUCUACAUUAAUUAGUAUUUUGUCAUUUGUUAUAUUUUUUGUCUCAGUUAUUAGCUCAUUUUGUACAACUAAUGAAUUAACUGAUAACCUUAGAAUUAGAACUGAAGAACAAAAUUAUUGUUGUGUUUUUGUUAAUGACAAACCAUUUUCAGAUUGUGGAUGUUAUAAAUAUGAAGGAAAAAUGGAACGAACUAUUGGAUUUUUGAAUAGAAUAAAAUAUGGAAAAAACCAAAUUGUUCAUUGUUCAAAAUGUCGAUUAACUUCAUAUAAAUUUGUUUUUUUGAUUAGUCAGUCUGUAAAUGUCAUAGGAUCAAUCUUAAUACUCUUAUUAUCAUAUCUCCAUUAUUCAAUAGAAAAAGAAUGGUUUGCUUUAUCUGAAGAUGAAAAAAUUCAGUUGGAUGAAGCUAAAUUUGUUGAUGAUAAAAUUUCCUUUAUUAAACAACUUCUUAUUGGAUCAAAACAAAAAAAUGAAUAA